CGACAAGAAAACAAAAGGAAGAGUGCAACCCCACUCUCCGGGGAGGAAAGGGUUAACCCCAUUACGACAAACCAAUCAGAGCAGGGAGCAACACUGCAAAAUCGCCGCAGUGAGUGAGAGAGGGAGACUAAGAUAGAGAAGGAGCGAACGAGAGAGAGAGAGAUGGGGACAAGCGAGGAUGAGGAGGUGCAACAGAGGGGUGCAACGGCAACACUUCAACGCAUCACAGUGUGAAGAGAGCGUGUGGGAUCAAGGCAGAGGAAAAGCAGCAGGACAGAGUUAGCAGGACAGUAGAUCAAAGUCAGAGGACGUCUGUUUCACUCCGCUGGCACUGGUGACAGUUCACACGGACAGCAUUUGAUUCACGCUCCUCCGGGGGAAGCAGGUUUACGACGCACUGACAUGCAACGGCUGCAAAAGUGUGUGCAGAAGAUGCACUUGUGGAUCUCAGAUGAUGCUUUGGUGAAGCUGUAGCUACUCUACGUUGCACGACAGAUGAGAACUCUAGGAGCGCAAAGGACUGUAGGAUUAAAGAGCUGAAGAAAACUGCAUCUAAAGUGCAGUGCGGAGUCUCUCCGGCUUGCAAGGACAUUCCCUAGAGUGGAUUCCCCAGGUGAAGUCAUUCCCAUGCACACCACGGAUGCGGAGAGGUUUUAUCAUGUGCUUCAGACAACGUUGACGACGCAGCCUAAAGGUCACCUUCUGUAAGGGGACAGGAAAUUACAUUUCCUACACCCAAAAUGCACCACCCCCUCACGCUGACCUAAACAAUUCUGUGACCUUGGAUUCUUUGGCAGAUGGCACAUGCAAAUCAAUAUGGAUUUAUCACCUUCUAAGGCCCAUAAAAAUUCAAUAACGGGAAUAUAUCAGCGUUGAAGGAACGGUGUGAGACCGGGUUACUGGAUUUCUUCAUCCUAUCGAGGGAGAUUAACACAACUUCCCAACCCUAAUAUGGAUAUAAUAAUCAAAACAAUCGUUUUCAGUUGUCAAAUUAAUUUAGAAAAGAGAAAUUGACAGCUGAUCUCUGAAUUGCUCGCCAUUUUCUUUGGACUCUUAAACAAACAAGAGCGAAACUUCUGAAAGAGAAUGAGAAUGACACCUCUUUGUUAGUUCUGGACAUGGCAAGGGAUCAAACAUAUUGUUUGGUUUAGUAAAAAUUAAAGAAAUUGCUGCCAAAUUGUCCUCUCUGACCGCUAAGCGAGAAAAUUGCUUGGAUUACGAGGAUCAAGAAGUGCAGAAUACAUCCUUGAAAGGCCAUGCCUGAGGCUGAUGUGCAAGUUGUACCCCUUCCAGACUAUCCUGACUCGACUGCUGACUCCCGAGGCUGAGAAAGAAGCUGGAAGGGGAAGGGAUAAUGCACGUCCCUCCCGCAACGGAGGAAGAAAGCACCAUGAGUAACGUUACAGUCCUCGACAUCACCGAGUCCGUGAGUCCCGCCAUGACGGCGGCCAGCCCUUACCCUUACACACUCAGCUUCCAGGUGUCCCUGACCGGAUUCCUCAUGCUGGAGAUCGUCCUGGGAUUGAGCAGCAACCUGACCGUACUGGCUCUCUACUGCAUGAAGUCCAACCUGGUCAAUUCCGUCAGCAACAUUGUCACCAUGAACCUCCACGUGCUGGAUGUGUUGGUGUGCGUUUGCUGCAUCCCUCUGACCAUUGUUGUGUUAAUGCUAUCGCUGCAAGACGACACGGUGCUCGUCUGCUGCUUUCAUGAGGCCUGCGUGUCCUUCGCAAGCGUGGCUACGGCAGCUAACGUGCUAGCCAUCACUUUGGACCGAUAUGACAUCUCCGUGAAACCGGCCAAUCGUGUGCUGACUAUGGGACGAGCGGUGGCUCUGUUGGGUUGCAUUUGGGUGUUGUCCUUCCUCAGCUUCUUGGUGCCAUUUAUCGAGGUGGGAUUCUUGGGACCGGAGCCCACCAAAGCCAAUCAGACCGCCGUUGUGCACGUCAACGAAUAUUACACCGAACUUGGUCUGUACUACCACCUAGUGGCCCAAAUCCCCAUUUUCUGUUUGACUGCCAUCAUCAUGCUAGUCACGUACACCAAGAUCCUGCAGGCACUCAACAUACGCAUUGGUACACGCUUCCACGCCACGCAGAAGAAGAAGAAAAAGAUGAAGAGGAAAAAGAACUUUUCCCUCAUGUCAACAUCUGAGCAACAGCUGCCCGAGAUCACGGACGCCUCGCAGAGCAGCAACCGCGGAAAUGCUCCGCUUGGCAUGCGCACGUCCGUCUCGGUGAUCAUCGCCCUGCGCAGGGCUGUCAAACGCCACCGGGAGCGGCGUGAACGCCAAAAGCGUGUUUUCCGCAUGUCAUUGCUCAUCAUCUCCACGUUCCUCCUCUGCUGGACACCCAUCACUGUUUUAAACACUGUGAUCCUCAGCGCAGGCCCCAGCGACCUCACCGUCAAGCUCCGAAUGGGUUUUCUGGUCAUGGCCUACGGCACCACGGUCUUCCAUCCUCUCUUGUAUGCCUUCACGAGGCAGAAGUUCCAGAAAGUCUUGAAAAGUAAAAUGAAGAAACGGGUGGUUUCCAUCAUCGAGGCGGAUCCGCUGCCGAACAACGCAGUGAUUCGAAACUCCUGGAUCGAUCCCAAACGGAAUAAGAAAGUGACGUUUGACGAUCACGAAGCAAGGCAGAAAUGCCUAUCAUCUGAAGAUGCAGACUAAAACCACUUUGCGACCUCCAGAACAGGGACUAGCUCUCAUUAAAGCACUGUUAUACAAAAAGGGAACCAUGUUAUGUGAAUAUUAGUCUUACAUGAGCAGAUAUCGAAGAAUCGGUUACUAUUUAUAACUUGGAAUAUAAUAUGAUAGGUUCCAUAGAUUGAUGAUAUUGCAGUUACAUGGUGCAUGUCCUUUAUAAACCACUGUAUGUACUGUAAAUACAUGAAAACUGAGAUUUGUACAUACUCUAUCAGUUAUGUUCCUCAUUUAUGACCUGUAGCCUGUGUAUACAUGUAUUUAUAAUAAACUAGGUGGGGAAAAAGAU